GGAAAAGUUACUGGCCCAACAAUGGUUUUUAUUACUGGUCAUGUCGGACCCAUAAGUCUUGCUAUUUUUUGAAAAAUUACUGGUCCGACAGCGAUUUUUGUUGGUCGGGGACCGUCGGACCGGCGCUAGUGUCGCGCCCUGGUUAUAUCUUCUGUCAGAGAUAAUUAUGGAAAGGGCGAGUCUUUAGGUCAAAGGUCUAGAUUUGUUAGCAUGUUGGUUCCUGCACGAUAUUAAGUUCAAUCAUAUUGAAUGAAUUUCUGAUCGCAUUAAGCGGGGGCAUCUACGUCAAAUUUCUAAUUUGUUUCUGUUUCUGUGUGAUCAUAGAAUAAAUUCAUUAGGAAGAAAGGGAUCACGUAUGAAUAUGAACAAAAUUUACAAAUACAUUCAGAUUAAUGUUAUAAUAUGAUUUUGACCAUAAUUUUUGAUGAACAGAAACAACUUGAAACCAUGGCGAAAUCUAGGGCUAAAUCAAGACACUCAAAGUCGAAGAAUACAGCAGCAUCUUCCAGUAGCAGAGGGAGACCCAGUGGGAGAAGCCCAAAAGGAAAAUCUAAAUCUGGACGCAAGCCCCUAGAAAUUAAAGUUACAAGAGCUAGAGGUAAGAAAGAUGCUUGGGAGUCAAGGGCAGUCUUCUCUUCCAACACAUCUGGCACAAUGUUCAGGAGCAUCGGGGUCAACACAGAGCCUGUUGAGUUUGCCGCUGAUGUAAAGAUGCCAAGGCGAGCUAAAGUGCCCAAGAAUGAGCCAUUACUACAGAAGGUUGUAACUUAUAUGCGUACCUUCAACCAUGCUAGAGCUCUGAGUGCCCUACUAACUAGCCCUUCUGUUCGCAGUGCUCUUCCAGCAGUGGUAGAAGUUGAAGUACGCAAAGAAGUUCAGAGGUUUGUGAAGAAACCCCUCAGCUUUCCCAGUCCACAGAUCGUAGCUACAGGAGACAAGACACAUCGUAUUACUGAGUCUGCUUGGGGACAUAUUCUGGCUGAAUUCAAAAAGGAGAUGCCAGUUUUCUACAUGUCAUGUAUGGCAGCCUUGGCUCCCAAGAACAAACAGUAUACAAUCAAUAAUCCUGACAGCUAUGAAUCAUCCAACAGAGGUAGACUUGGUAUGAUGAUGACCAUUCCAUUGUUUACUCGUCGUGAGCGUAAGUUUCAGUAUCUGUCCAGUCUUAUUGGAGGUCAACUCUGGCGUCAUGGAUGUCGACAGAGGAUUUUCCAUGAACUUUAUCGUCUUGGUGUAAGCCAGAGAAGACAUGGAUCUAUGGAUGCUGCUAGAUGGUUAGAAGGAGAAACCACAAAAGGAGACAGAAUUAUGAAACAAAAAUAUAAGAUUAUGGAUGAGGUAGAAGCUUUACAGAAUGGAGUCCUGCCGAGUGCAGAGCGCUAUGAAACAAGCGAUGAUGAAGGAAGCAGUGAAAGUGACGAUGAUGAGAGUGAAGAGGAGGUUGAGGAGUCUAGUGAUGGAGAGAGUGAGGAAGAUCUUCUAGAAGAGAGUGAUGAGGAAGACGAGAUCAUGGCCAAACCAGAGAGGGUCAGAGGUCGUGGUAAGAGGGGUCAGCAUCAAGUGGUGAUUGAAGAAGCAGUGAUGGAAGAUAACUGGCAAAAUGAUGCUAAAGGGAAAAGAAGCAGCUCAGAAGUUGUCAUCUCUGAGAUGGUGAAGAUUGCAGAACAGAUGUCAGAGACAUCAGAGCAGAUGAAAUCCUCUAUGAAACGGAAGAGAAGUGCCAGACCAGAUGAGGUAACAGUCUUAUCACAGGACAACAACCAGAUUGUCUUGCAGGUGAGCAAAGAAGGAAUGACAACUGGGAUACCCAUUUCGGAUGCUUCUUCAGGUUUGGCUAUGCCUAUCAUGGUGGAAUCAUCGGGUCAAGGAGGCACAAUGAAUAUCAACCAAGUUAUGAUGGAUGGUAUACCCACUCAGAUCGUCCAACAAGAAGUUGUUACUGAGGAAGAAAUGGAUCCAGAGAUGAUGGCUGCUCAGCUUUUGCAACAUGUUCUUCCAACAGAGAUCAUUACCACUACUCAGACCAUUCCACAGGAGGUAGUGACCUCCUCAACAUUGCAGACUGUAACUCCAGAGCAAGGUGUCCAUAAUGUAGUUACCAUCCAGGCAAGUCAAGAAGGACAGCAGACCAUAGUCACACAGAAUAUUGUUCCUCAGGAGAUAGUCCAAGAGCAAGUGGUUCAGGAGAUUCAAGGAGAAGAGAUCAUCCAGGAGAUUGUUCAACAGGAGGUGGUGACAGAGGGAACUUUGGAGGAAGGAGCAACAGAAGGAGAGGUUCUACAGAGUGAGAUGGUACCUACUCAGAUCAUCACUGACAUGGGUGAUGGAGAAAUGGCUACCGUUGUUGUAACAACUGAAGUUGUCACAACAGAUGAGGGAGGGACGACGCAAGUCCUUAUGGUCGCAGAAGAUCAACGAACCCCAGCCAAGAGGCCUGCAGAAACAGAACCCGAGUCAGAAGGCAAGCGGAAGAGGAAAAUAAGAGCUCCUUAUUCGCCUUGAUAGAUUGUUCAUAAAAUCGGAUUCCUGUCUAUUUUAUUAUAUUUGUGUAAUUUUGUAAUUAUAUAUCAGUGCUAAGAUGCAGUGUAAAUAAGCUUUAUUUAAGAAAGAUUUUUAAGAUUUAAAGAAGGAAACAAUUGGAACAAGUAAGAUGGUGUGAAAACAGGAAAUCAAAGAAUAAAAUAAUGAAAAUUGGAGAUAAAUUGGAUCAAUGAUGAAAAUGAUAAGAAUGAUAAGAAUUUUAUUGGUGGAAACAUUAAUGCUUAGGGAUCCUCCAAAAUGCAACCAAGACUAGUGAUGCAAUACAUGAACAACUCUUGCCUUUGUAAAAAUAAAUCUCAUUGCUCAUUCUAAUGGGUAGUACAAACUCUUCGUCCAUGAUAUACAUGUAUUUUAACUUCUUUACAUUUCCUACAAUCAAAAGAACCUCAGAUAUACUGAUAAACCUUAUAUAAAGGAGACAAUUUAACUUUGAAUUAUGUGUGUACAAAAGUAGUAGGAAAGUUGUAUGUGUAGCAUCACACAUCUUGUUCACAUUGCUAUUAUAGGAGGAUCUCCAUAGCAUUAUUGAUUUAAACAUUCAAGUGCUCAUACUUAUUUUCUCAAAUUUUUCUUAAACUCUGAUUUAUCUAUUUCUUUGAUUUUCUGUUUCAUGCAGUUCAACUGAUUUCAAGGGUUUCAUUCUUCUUUGAUGUUUUUAUUGAACUCUAGUUGAUUUACUUUCUCUUUCUUAAAUACCUAUCUGUAUGGAUUACUUCCACAUGACUUUGGUACAAAUAUUGCUACCAUCACUUCCUAUAAUGAGUGCUCACUUUUCAGUUAUAUUUUAUGUUCCACAUUUUAAUGGACUUAUGAGUCAUGCAGAUGCCAACAUGAAUACAAAUCCUGCUAUUUAAAAAAAUGUAUAUUUAUGAUGGAUUGUUGUUACUGGUUUGAUUAAGGCAUUUGUUAACAUUGAUUUGACAAAAAAACAAAUUAAACUACAAUCUUUCUGUAAAAUAUUGCACAUGAAAAUCCUGACCAAAUGCUUAAAAAAAGUAAAUGAAUUUACUAGAUAUACCAUCCAAAGUGUAUUCUAAAUACUGCAUGGGUUACAAUUACUCUCCCAGAAAAUGAAUUAAAUAGUGAUUUUUUCAGGCAGAGAUAUCUUGUAAGUGUCUGCACAUUUUUUUUUUACAUAAGACCUUUGUAAUGUUAUUCUAUGUCUUUACCCAAAAGUGAUAGUAUGGUCCUGUUGGACAAUCAUUAGUUCUGGUAUGUAAAUUAUUUCUUGCUGUUCAAUGAAGUCAUUCUGAUUUUAGAUCAACCAACAACGUUCUUAAAGGAAACAAAAUAAUGUAUAAACUCUGUAUUCAUUAAUUGCAAUGGAAGAAAAACUAUUGCAAGAACCCUUUUGUCCAGGAUUCUUGUAUUCAGUUGGUUGCAUCCAACAAAUUUAAUCUGGACCCAACUACUAAGAGUUUUAUUGCCAGACUUGGAAUGAGUCCUCCUUGUAAGCCAUCCGAAUGGCAACUUAAUCACCUUAGAACCACUGUCAAUAAGAAUGGAAAACAGAUGAGAUGGUUACCAAAGGAACUGUGCUGUGAAUUCUAUUAUCACCUUGGGUCAAUGUGAUCUGAAUGUAAAUCCUGCUUCUCAUCCAGAACUAAUAAAAACCACAAUGAUUUCUUUAUCCAACACUUCUAGACACACAUUAUUUUUCUUGUUGUAUUGGAUUGAUUUUUAUAUUCAUGUUUCUUUAUGAAAAUAAUUGUAUGAUAAUGAAUAUUUAAUGAACUAGAAUGACUACAGUACCCUUUGGUAUUCUUUCUUACUAUAUCACUGUAAAAGCUCAGAAGUAAUGGUUAAUUGAAUGAAAUGAAAUAUAGUGGUCUGUGUUUUUAUGAUGUUAUAGUGAGUCAGAAUAUGCCAAAAGAUGAUUUGAGCAGCUUAUGAGUUAUAUCUUUCAAGCUAACUCAAAAGUAUUUUUUUGUUUUGUUUUUGUGUUGUCAUUUGUCUUGUUUAUUGAAUACAUAUAUGAUGUACCUGAUGAUGGCAUGAUUUUGUACAUUUCAUCUUGAAAAUAUGUUAUCCAAUGAAUUUUUCUUCAGUUGUACAUUAAAGUUGAUUAAGUGUUGAAUUCAUUCAAUGUAGAUAGUUCUUUGUUUCAUAUGUAAAUAAAACUAAAGCAAAAUAUUGUUGGUUGUUCUAGAUAUCCUUUUGGGCAAUGUAUUUAAAUUGAAUGCUAAAGCAAAGAAUAGCCCUUUUAGUGUAUAUAUAUUUUGUAUACAAAAAAUAUAAAAGAAAGCAAAAAUGGAUAUUGUCAAAUGUUUUUUUUUUGUAAUUUUCUGAUUGGUAAUGCAUUUUUAUAGGUAAUGUCUGUAAUGACUUGUUAAACAGUUAUUUUAGAAAUACUGUUUAAAAUUUUGAUUGUGUUUUUAUUUUGAUCAACAUCAAUGUGUAUUGACUAUCAUUGGUUUCCAUUAAUGUUUUAAAUCCAACUUGGAGAUACACAGUGCAUCCCAGAAAAAACUAAACCGAGCUUAAGCGAUGUUUUAUCAUAACUUAAUCACAAAUACAAUAGACAAAUGACCUACCAUUGUAAAGCUUAGAAUCUCCUCUUUCAUCUGAAAUUACUUCGAAUAUUUCUCAUUCACACACGAGUGAGCAAAAACAAUUCGAAGAGGGGAUACCAAAAAGUCAUUUGGCGGGCUGUAUCUGGGUUUCAAAAAGAAAACCACAUUGUUAAAAUGUUCAAUAUCUGCUCUUUAAUUUGAUACCUCGAUUACAGAAAAUGGUCGAGAAAUAACAAAGUUCUGGUUAUUUGAAAUAAGGCUUGAAUUUCAAUAAUUUCAUAAAAUGAAGAGGUUCUACAGGCAAGCGUUCAAACUCACUUGACACUCCGUUUUGUUGACGAUCAGCCAUGCAUUAAGUCUUUUGUUAACCAUCCGAUAGCUUCUGUGGGAAACCGGUGAAACACGUUUAUUUAAUGAAAUUAUGGAAAUACAAGCAUUGUUUAGAGGGAACAUAACUUUUUUACUUCUUGACCAUUUUUUGUGAUUAAGGUAUCAAAUGAAAGAGCAAAUAUUGAACUUUUUAGGCAUGUGAUUUUCUUUUUGAAAUUCAGAUACCCCCCGCCAAAUGAGUUUUUGGUAUCCUUUGUUCAAAUUGUUUUUGCUCACUCGUGCGUGGAUGAGGAACAAUCUAAGUAAUAUUAGAUGAAAGAUGAGAUUCUAAGCUUUACAUUGGUAGGUCAUUUGUCUAUUUUAUUUGUGAUUAAGUUAUGAUAAAUCAUCGCUUAAUCUCGGUUUCAUUUUUUCUGGGACCCACUGUAUAUUUAAAAAAAAAAUUUCAAGUUCUAGUCACUAAUAUGAAAAUCAGAUAUUUUGUCAAUUAUUUCAUUUCUGUGAAAAUUGAAUUUAAUUACCUGCUCAAAUCAGCACAUAUCAGUGUUAGUCUUACAAAUUAUGGGUAUAUGAAGGGAUUCAAUAGACAAAAGUAGUUUGACCUUUUUUGGUAAAUGACACAAUGCUGUAAAUAUAUUUUGAUUUGUGUACACCAAUCCUCACAUAUAGGCUUAUAGCUACAUUUGUAUCAGAAUAACCACCUCUUUUAUAUGACAACAAAAAGUUAUUCUUAUUUUAUGGGAAUGAUAAAAUGUAAAUAUGCAGUACAAACUGCACAUUUGAGUUAAGUGUAAAGUUUUGAAGUGCAUGCUGAGUUUCUGUGUAAACUAUUUCUAUGUGUGUGUACUGCUAGAACAAGAUAUGGUAUAUUGGAAGGAAAUGAAGCACAUAAAACAAUCAUCUUUUUUUUAAGUAGAAGGUUGCUAUUUUUAUUAUUCAGGACAAGAACUAUCAGUAUUUGGUUGGUUGUAUUUUGUUCUAGCAGUACAAACCAACAUUUUCAUUGUUAUCGUGUUCACGUAUGUGUACAAAAACAAAUUCUAUAUUUCAUUUCCUUUAAAGUUAUCACAUAUUUUGCAAAGGGUGGAAAUAAAAUGUAGUCUCUCUGUAA